AUGUCACAAAACUCAUACUACGAUAACUAUGCCUUUUAUGACGACAACAAAGUGGCCAACGGUUACGACGAGAAAAAAGUGCGGACCAUAAGCAACGAGGCGGCGGUCAAAAUCACGAAUGUACAACUGGCCUACGGUAAACACCAGGUGCUGACCGGCAUAAACAUGACAGUUCCCGCCCAAAGCAUCUAUGGACUACUGGGGCCGAGCGGUUGCGGCAAAACAUCGCUACUCCGGUGUGUGGUAGGCAUACGCCGGCCCGACAGCGGCCACAUAUCGGUGUACGGGAGAGUACCCGGACAUCCGGACAGUGGCAUUCCGGGGCCCGGCUUGGGAUAUAUGCCGCAGGAGAUCGCCCUCUUCCUCGACUUCUCCAUCUAUGAGACAUUUAAAUACUUCGGACGACUCUAUCAAAUGGAUGUGAAGCAAGUGAGCGAACGGACAGACGAAUUAAUUUCAUUACUAAAUUUGCCGAAUAAACACAAAUUUAUUAAAAAUUUGAGUGGUGGUCAGAAGAGACGCGUGUCUUUGGCGGCGGCGCUCAUACACUCCCCUCCGCUUCUGAUUCUGGACGAGCCGACAGUCGGUGUGGAUCCGGUGCUGAGACAAAGCAUAUGGAACCACAUGGAGAUGCUGUGCCGCGAGUUGGGCCUAACCAUCAUAAUUACCACCCAAUACAUAGAGGAGGCCCGGAGUGCGGAUGUGGUGUCGUUCAUGAGAAACGGCAAACUACUGAUGGAGAGAAAUCCCAUACAAUUGCUGACAGCAAUGCGUUUGCCUUCACUCGAGUCCGUAUUCCUCAAGUUGUGUCAACUCGAGAGCGUAGACGACGCCAUCGAUGACACCGUUGUGGUCGUCGACAACAAUAAUAAGCCAAACGGAUCUCAUGUGAAUCAAUCGUUUGAACUGACAGAGAGACCAGCGAUGGGCGAAGACGUGACCCGCGAUGAGAAAUACGUUUAUCAUAAUGACGGCCAACCGGUGGCCAGCAAUCAUCAAAUGGCUGUCCAGAAUCGGCCGCAACUGUUGGCCAACAAAUCGCGAUUCUCUUUCAUCAGACGUAUCGGUGCUCUGAACUGGAAGAAUAUCACUGGCAUUCGGCGCAACCUAUCGAUGCUUAUCAUUCAGUUCCUGAUGCCGUCCUUCCAGUGUCUGUUGAACUUCACAUGUCUGGGUCCCGACCCGUACGACCUGCCCGUCGCCGUCUACAACGCCGACCGGCCGGCGAUCAUGAGUGACCUCUUCCUCCGGGCCCUAAACAACGGCACAAUGGCGUUGACAUCGUAUGACUCGUUGGAGGCGGCGCUGGAUCAGGUGCGGGCCGGCAGUGCGUGGGCUGUCAUCUCAUUCGCCGCCAACUAUAGCCGACUGAUGCAGAGUCUGGCCUACGAUGAAGUGGUUGAGUCCAUCCCGAAGAUCGGCGUAUAUCUCGAUACCACUAAUUACGUGAUCAGUAAUACAAUACAAAAGGAGUUGUAUUUGACGUACAAUAGGACGGCAACAGUAAUGGCUGAGUUGGCCGGC